GCAUCUCGACGUUGCGCUGCUCGUCGUCGAUACUAUUCAUCCGUCGCUGUGUGAGGACUGUCACUUCCGAUUUUAUUUAGAGUGCAGAGAUGAGGCUUUGCGCGAUUGUGUCGCUUGGCCUGAUCAGUCUGGUCUCGGCCAAGCCGGCCUUCCUGUCGGUGCCCUCUACGCAUGCGAUAUCCAAUGGCGGAGCGUUGGACAGCGCGGAUGUCGCGAGAAGAGUGAACCUGGUGAACGAAUACGUGCGAUCGGUUGCGCCAAUACAAAGACGACAAUUGUCUCUGCUCGUCAACAAUGGGGUGCCGCCGGUCCUGACGUCUCCCGCGCCUCUCGGCGCCGACGGCAGAGUCGUGGAUACGCCGGAAGUCGCGGCCGCCAGAGCUGCGCACGCGACCGCUCAUGUCAACGAGAAGAUAAAUUUGGCAAACGAGGCUGCUCGAUCCAACGACAACGUGUCCGAUUCGCCGGAAGCCACCGACAGCGCGAUGACCGCGCCCAAGGCAGUGCUCGGUCCUGAUGGCCGAGUCUUGGACACGCCGGAAGUCACGGCCGCCAGAGCCGCGCACGUCCACGAGAGAAUCAAUCUGGCGAACGAAGCUGCAAGAUCGAAUAACGUCCUCGCGCGAGUCGUACACGGCUCCCUAAUACCGUUGGUGCUCGGCAAUGGCGUCGUCGCAGCUCUGGUGCCCGUUGGUCCCGAGGGCAGGCCGCUGGAUGCAGAAGCGAUUGUGAGCAACCCGAAGUUGGCGAACAACGUGAAAUCCGUCGACGCUGUAGCGAUCGCCGGACCGGCUCUCGCUUACGGCAGAUUGAUCUAUUAAAGAAAAAUUUACAUUUGAAGAAAAUAUAUGUCUUAUUAGCGUACUGUUAGAUAAUUGCG